AUGAUACUCACCUCUGAGAAGGGGUGGCCGUGCACGUUGGCGCAGAAUAGAAUAGCUACCAAGGAUUGCUACGUUAACUCUGAGGUGGAGCGUGUUUGGAGGAUAGUGCAGGGCGAUCUGAACCAAUUGUUAGACGGCAAGGAUAAAAAAAAGUUAGGUGUGGGGCGGCGUGUUUUGCUUGGAACGCCCGGUAUCGGGAAGUCGAUGAGCGCCGGCUCAUACCUCCUCUACCAGCUGCUGCACUACGAUGAUAAGCAACUCCACGUCGUUGUCUACUGCUUUGGAGGGGAUCUGGCGUACGUGUUUGACAGAACGACGAUAACGGUGACAAAAUACAUGGAUGAGAUCAAUAUCAGCAACCUUAUGGAUGAUUUGGUUAGGCAGCGCAAACUGAAGGGGUUUGUUAUCUACGACGUGGAUAAAGAAGGCCGUGAGCCGUCGUGCGGUUAUCCGCCCUCCAAGUCAUGGGGCGUCAUUGUGUUGUUAUCCCCAAAAGAAGAUAACUACAAAUCGUGGGAGAAACAAAUGGGUGGAAACCAACUCGUUAUGAAUCGCCCGGACGAGAUUGAUGUGAAGGCGAUGUGUGCCUGGGAGAAGCGUGGUGAGUCCGCGGAGGAGCAAAUGAAGUACUGGACGAUGGCCAAAAAACACAUGGAUGAUGUGGGACCGAUAUUACGAUCCAUCUUCAGUGGGCGUGCUUGGAAGAAGCGCAGUAUCGCCAACGACGAGGUGAAAAGUAUCAACGCUUUAAAUGCCAAGUAUUACAUGCGCGUGGAAGUGGCGGUCGAUUGGACUGAGACAAAUGUGUCUUACAAGCUUGUGAAAAUUGUUUGA